UUCAAGGGCAGUACAGCCAGUUAACGUGCACUCUUGAGCAUUUGGAAUUCUCCAGACAAGAAGGCAUGUUUUAGCAAAGAACUUGAAAUAAAUUCCCAUCCAUCAGGAUUUUCCACAUUUCUGAUACAUAGCCACUUUGAAGAUUCUGCUAAAACAGCUUUUGACCACAGUGGGGAUCUUUCAGAAGUUUUCUGCUAAGAAAUUUCUGCGACUCCUGAGCCGGCAUAAGGAAAUAGCAAACUGCAAGUACCAGCUGUUCAGUACUAACUUAUUGUUGUUUUAACUCUUAUUUUCUAGUAAGUAAAAAGCUUUGAAAUACACAGAACAGUAGGGAUUAAUGCAACUGUUCGUCACGUUUUUCAGCUGAUUAGUUUGCAGUAGAUUUGCCUGGACAAAAAAAGGCCCUUUGUGUAAAAAGUAAGCUGUGCUGCUGCUGAGAAAAUGCGGUAUGCAACAUGAGUUAAAUCUUCCUAUUUCUUCUGUGCUAAAGUUGUAAACAUUGGCAGGAAUUUGCAUUUCAUACUGCUGUGCUGUAGGAAAGAAAACAGUGUAUGAUUUGGAGAAACAGCUUCCCUCCAUGAUGCUUUAAUUUACUAGACUGAAUGAAAAACGUUUCUUGGAAGUAAUUACAUAGAAAUAAAUAGUUCUUCUUCAGGAAUAGAUGUAUGUUGUGAUUUACCCAACAUGGAAAAAAAUCAAAGUUUUGAUUGCAGUGAGCUCUCUAAUCCAGGGAGGGCAAAGGAGACUGAAGCAGGACAUAAUUUCUUAACUAAAUUUUCUAUGAAAGCACUCUUUGGAUUUACAGAUAAAUUAGAACCAGGAACUUCAAAAGGGCAAGUAGUUUUAAAAAGGUUUCAAAGUGUCAGUGGUGAUACUGACAGCCAUGUGGACAAUGAGGAUGAGAAGAACAGGGUGAAUGAAGAUCCUGACUCAGAUACAGUCCAUCUGCUUCCAGAAAUGGUGCAAGAGGGAAACAGUGUUCAGCCUAUUCCAGAAGCUGAUACAAGGGGCAUAUUUGUUUUGGAGCCAGACUCAGGAAUGGGUAACGGGGGUCCAAAUAACCCUACAGAAGCCAUUACUGGUGCUUCAAGUGUGUGCAAAAUUUAUGCUGGAAACUUUGUUGACUCUGAAGACAAUGGCAGCCUACAUUAUAGAUCUGUAGAUAAUACCCUUGUCCCAAAUGAUCAUCAGGCUGAUGUUUAUGACACAGUAGAUUUGGAAACACAGCAAAUGGAGCAGAGGGAGCCAUCCCUCUCCAAUUCUUAUUCUAUCCACUCUUCUUUGUCUGAAUUCAGCAAACAAGAGGAUAAGGAUUCCAUUCUUGUUGAGGGUACUUUGGCUCACACAACAAGCGACACAGAAUUAGACAAUGAGGCUACAGACCUAAAAAGGCAUGAAAAUGUAAUAAAGAACCCUGUAUUAAAUUGUGCUGUAUCAUUGGAGGGUAAUCAUCGGAAUAAAGAAGAAGACACAGAACUGUAUACAGAAACAGAUAGUACUACAGCAGGGGAUAACACAGAGUCAAUGCUACCAAGUUGCAUAUGGCCUUCAAAAGAAAUGGGUGAUACAACACCAGAAAUGUAUUCGGAUUCAAAGGCUAGAACACUAAGCAAGGAAAAUAUUUGUUCACUUGCUACAGCAAAGGAUGUUCAGGAACCUGGAGAAAAUCAGGGACCUCUUCCAAGUAAUUGCAGCACUGAUUCUCCUGCAAAACCAGCCUCAAGUGAAAAGUCCUUUCAGCUCCCAGCCUUCUUUAGUGGAUUACGUGUUCGAAAGAAAGGCUUGUCUGCAGAUCUGGAGGAAACUGUCACCGAAAUCAAACAGAAAGACAGUGAUCUGGCUAUGCUUAAACUAAGACAGCCUGUUAAGAAGUCAAAUCUUGCACCUGACCUAAUAACCAAGAAGAAAAUAUCAGAGCCUAAAAGUUCUCCUACCUUUCUAGAACAACUUUCUCAGUUCUUAGGACCUAAAGCUGAGGAGAAAGGUAUUGAUGAGGUAGUACCAGCAUCUGGAGAUGUCCAAGAAAGGAAAUCUGUGACAAUAGAUCCUUAUGAAGAAAUGAAACCAAGUCCUGCAGAAUCUGCACUGGAUGCAUUUAAAGCUUUAUUUACACGUCCUCCUAAAAAAGAGACAACUGCUGACACUUCAGAGUUAGAAGCAAUAAAACGCAAAAUGAGGCAUGAAAAGGAAUCAUUGAUGGCAAUAUUUGAGAGGUCUAAAUCAAAAUCUGGUGAUGGAGCAACAGAAACAAAACCAACUGAUGUUCCUUCAGAACAGGACGACAAGACUCCAGGAAGACUCCAGACUGUCUGGCCACCACCCAAAACAAAAGAUGAAGAAGAGAAAAUAGGCUUAAAAUAUACAGAAGCAGAGUACAAUGCUGCAAUUUUGCAGUUAAAGAGGGAGCAUAAGGAUGAAAUUGAGAAACUGAAGUCUGAGUUUGAACUCAAAGUCUUUCAUAUUCGAGGAGAACACGCUUUAUCAGUAACAAAGCUUGAGGAAGACGUUCUGUAUUUAAAAAAUGAACUGGAAAAUAAGUUAUACAAGCAAAGCGAAGACGCACAGGAUGUCUGUGUAUCCACUGAAGAUAAUAACCCACCAAAGACAUAUAGAAAUGUAUGCAUCCAGACAGAUAGAGAAACCUUUAUAAAGCCAAAUGAAGAUGAAACCUGGACACCCAAAAAUAAUCAAAUAAUUCCUAAGAAACUUUCUAUACCCUAUUUGAAUAAUAGUGUUUUGGCUUCAGCUGAUCGUAAGGAAAUAUCCAAUUCUGGCCAGACCUCAGGGAGUGUUUUUUCAAAGUUGGAUCAAACAUUGCCACCUCCUCCUCCACCACCUCCUCUUCCUCUCUCACUCUCUGAUUCAAUCCCACCACUACCACCGUUGCUGCCAAGCUUGAGAUCUGCCCAUCCACCACCACCACCACCACCACCACCACUUCCUGCAGCUUUUGGUGUUCAUCGGCCAUCUCUGCCUCUCCCACCAGGGCCACCUCCAAUGGGAACAGGACCUUCUCCUCCUCUACCACCACCACCACCACUGCCACUUGGCUCUAAUUUUUCUUCAAUAAGUCAAGGUCCUCGAAAACCUGCAGUUGAACCCUCUUGUCCCAUGAAGCCACUCUACUGGAACAGAAUCCAAAUAGCAGAUAGCAGCCAUAAGUCAAUGUCAACUCUUUGGGAGUCAUUAAAAGAACCCAACCUUUGUGAUACAAAUGAAUUUGAAUACUUAUUCUCAAAAGAAACAUCUCAGGAAAAGAAAAAGGCACUAGCAGAAUCUUAUGAAAAGAAAACAAAAGCCAAAAAGAUCAUCAAAUUGUUGGAUGGGAAGAGAUCUCAGACUGUAGGAAUUUUGAUAUCCAGUUUACAUCUGGAGAUGAAGGACAUAGAACAAGCUGUACUAAAUACGGAUGAUUCAGUAGUUGACCUAGAAACAUUGGAAGCACUAUAUGAGAAUAGAGCACAAAAGGAUGAACUGGAAAAAAUAAAGCAGCAUUAUGACACUUCAAAAGAACAAGAAGUUAAGCUUCUGGACAAACCUGAACAGUUUUUAUAUGAGUUAUCCCAGAUCUCCAACUUUGCUGAACGUGCCCAAUGUAUAAUCUUUCAGUCCAUCUUCAAUGAAGGGAUCAUUGCAGUGCGUCAUAAAGUUGACAUUAUUCAUCAUGUUUGUAAGGAGUUGAACACAAUGAAAAGUGUGAAAAAUAUUUUAGCUUUGAUUCUGGCUUUUGGAAAUUAUAUGAAUGGAGGGAAUCGAACACGUGGUCAAGCAGAUGGAUUUGGCUUGGAAAUACUUCCCAAACUAAAAGAUGUUAAGAGCAGAGAUACUGGUAUCAGCCUUGCAGAUUAUAUUGUAAUUUAUUAUCUACGCCAUUGUGAUAAGGAAGCAGGAACAGAAAAGAGUGUAUUUCCAUUGCCUGAGCCACAGGAUUUCUUCCAGGCAUCUCAAGUAAAAUUUGAAGACCUGAAAAAAGAUUUAAGAAAACUAAAGAGAGAUCUAGAAGGUUGUGAAAAACAGAUGAAAGUUGUUUUCAGAGAAUCAUCCGAAGAACACCUUCAGCCCUUUAAGGAUAAGCUUGAAGAUUUCUUCUGUAAAGCUGUAGAAGAACAUAAAACAGAGGAAAGUCACCUGGACAAUGCACAAAAGUGCUUUGAAGAAAUGGUGGGGUACUAUGGGAUAAAGCCAAAAUCUGGUGAAAAGGAGACCACGCUGAAUUACGUUUUCACAGUUUGGUAUGAGUUCUGCAGUGACUUUAAGACUAUUUGGAAACGAGAGAACAAAAACAUUUCUAAAGAAAGACUCCGAAUGGCUCAGCAAUCAGUAAGCAAGUUAACUGCAGAAAAGAAAGUGGAAACUAGGAAAAUCAAUCCAACUGCCAGUCUGAAAGAAAGACUACGUCAGAAAGAAGCUGGUGUGACUCCCAACUGAAAGAAGAAUCCACCCCCCAAAAAAUGACAGCAUGGUUGAAUACCUUGGUGAUGAUGCUACAUUUUGCCCCUUCCCUUCAGGAGCACCUUAUUUUAGAUGAAGUUCUGCUUUGCUCUUUUCCUCGGACAAUCCACCAAAGACUUUUCAAUCCCUUGGUUUAUACAAGCAAGGGAAUGCUAAGAAGUUUGUUUACAUGGAAUUAGGAAGGGUUCCCCAGUAACUGUUCCUUAUGUGGUUGAAACUGAAUGAUUUCCUUAAAAGUGAAGAACUAUUCUAUGCAAAGCGCGCUAGUAUGGAAGAGAGCAAAUCUGGAUUUUAGGCAGGGAAAUAAAAACCUUUAUAUCAUCUGCAACAGAUGUUUAGGAUGGCUAAUAUAAGUCUAUUGAAGAUUUGCUGAAUUGGUGCCUGCUUAAAAUUAUUUUUAUGGCAUUCAAAUGAUUAAGUUUACCUUCUAUAUUUUAUUAUGAUUAUUUUUAUAAGAACCUCAAUCUAUGCAUAGGAAUAGAAAUACUGUUUUUGCACAUAUGGAGAGAGAACUAAUAUCAAAAUGUAUGCUGCACUUGUUGCAUCAAAUAAUGUUCUGAGAUUUGUUGCUAUUUUUGCUUUAAUGGUAAAAUGAAGACUUGCAUAUCUAGAUAAGGUUCAUAUACGGUAGCAGUCUUCAACAAUACAUUAUUUAUAAUCAUCUAAUUGGAUGACUGUAUCCAAACUGUCUCCAUUAUUUAAAAUUAAUCUAAGCCAAAGCCUAUAUUCUUUAACAGUUAACAUUUUGAUAUAACUAAUGUUUAGAAUAUUUCUACAUAAUUCUGUGAGUAUGUACGUGUCUGGAACAGAGUAUGCACACUUACAUACAAACACAUUUUCUACUUACGUAUACAUUUUACUACCUAGACUGAGAAGAAAGACAGGAUUCAUCUCCCAUUUUUCAUGCUGUAACAACUUGUAUGAAGGGCCAUUUAGAAUUAAAAUUAGAAGUUAAAUGAAUAAUAAAAUUAAAGUGCAAACUUUGCAAUGAAAUAAUA